AUGCUGAUGAACGGUGUAAAGCGCCUCUGUUUAACAAAAGUCUUUCUACAAACAUGUCUGAAGUCCAGCAGGUGAGGGACAUGUUGAAACUACAGCUAAUAUCUGAUGAAGGAACAAUCACUAACCAGGCAGAAGAAACAUGUCAUUUAAAAGAAGAGAACAAAAGAGAUAUGCAACAGUUGUUGGUGAGUAGAGAAGAAAUUCUCCCCGAACACCAGGAAUGGAAUCUGAGUGUUGAUCAGGAGGAAAUCAAAGAAGAACAGAAGCUGUGGAUAAGUCAGAAGGAAGAGCAGCUUCACCAGGUGGAGGAGGCAGAUCUCACCACAUUUGGUUUCACUGCUGUCACUGUAAAGAGUGAAAAUGAUGAUGAUGAUGAUGAUGAUGAUGGAAAAUUAGAGUCAUCACAGUUUCAUCGAAGCCAAAGUGAUGAGAGCAUAGAGACUGAGCCUGUAGCCAGCAGCUCAUCUGUACACAGAACACUGACAAUAAAAGCUGAAGGACAAUUUAGCUGUCCUGCUGAGGGUAAAAGACUGAAACCAACAUGCCCUCUGAACACACAGGUGAUAAUUCAUACAGGACAAAAACCAUUUGGCUGUUCUGAUUGUGGUAAAAGAUUUGGACUAAAGUGCAAUCUGAACAGACACAUGGCAAUUCAUACAGGAAAACCAUUUGGUUGUCCUGAGUGUGGUCAAAGAUUUGGACGAAACAGCGAUCGGAACAGUCACAUGCUCAUUCAUACAGGACAAAAACCAUUUGCCUGUUCUGAGUGUGGUAAAAGGUUUGGCUACAAGAGCAGUCUGAACACACACAUGAUAAUUCAUUCAGGACAAAAACCACUUAGCUGUUCUGAAUGCGGUCAAAGAUUUAGACGAAAGAGCCACCUGAAUACACACAUGAUAAUUCAUACAGGAGAAAAACCAUUUGGCUGUUCUGAGUGCGGUCAAAGUUUUGGACAAAAGAGCACCCUAAACACACACAUGAUAAUUCAUACAGGACAAAAACCAUUUGGCUGUUCUGAAUGUGGUGAACGAUUUAGACGAAAGUGCAGUCUGAACACACACAUGAUAAUUCAUACUAGACAAAAACCAUUUGGCUGUUCUGACUGUGGGAAAAGAUUUGGGCUAAACAGUAAUCUAGCAAAACACAUGUUGAUUCAUACAAGACAAAAACCAUUUGGCUGUUCUGAGUGUGGUCAAAGAUUUGGACGAAAAAGCAGUCUGAACACACACAUGAUAAUUCAUACAAGACAAAAACCAUUUGGCUGUUUUGAGUGUGGCAAAAGAUUUGGACUAAAGAGCAAUCUGACGAAACACAUGAUAACUCAUACAAAAGAAAAACCAUUUUGCUGUUCUGAAUGUGGUAAAAGGUUUGGCUACAAGAGCAGUCUGAACACACACUUGAUAAUUCAUACAGGACCUAAAAAGGCAGCUGUCAGCAUGGAAAAUGAUUUGGACAAAAAAGCAGUCUGAUAUGUUUGGAGGUUCAUAGUGGUUCACCUGCCAUGAAGGCAUUACGGUAGUCAAGGUGUAAAAUGGCUUGUCUGUAUCAGGACUCCUGCUGCGUGCUGAAAUACUUCAUAUUUCACUUUGAAAUUUAAAAUUUUGUGGGAAAUUGGACUUUUUGGGGGGGAG